ACCGCACUGGCUAUCCCUGGUAUAAGAUGGUACUUCAGAUUCAAGGGGAGGAUGCUGAGGCUGAAAGAGAUUGGCUUGUCUAAGGUAAUCUAAUGAAUUGACACCAGAGGUGCAGAUUCAAGGCUUAUUGUCUUAGCCAUAUCUCAGUAGGCUAAUCGGAUUAUUUUGAGGAAUCAGGCUGGUUAGUCUGAGGCCUCUACUGAUGACUUUCCAGAAACUGGAGAAGCAAAGUACAGUGGUACCUCGGGUUAAGUACUUAAUUUGUUCCAGAGGUCCGUUCUUAACCUGAAACUGUUCUUAAGCUGAAGCACCACUUUAGCUAAGGGGGCCUCCCGCUGCUGCCUCGCCACCAGAGCACAAUUUCUGUUCUCAUCCUGAAGCAAAGUUCUUAACCCGAGGUAAUAUUUCUGGGUUAGCAUAAGCUGUAACCUGAAGCGUAUGUAACCCAAGGUACCACUCUAUUCGCUAUUCCUUUUCCUCAGCCCUUUCUACUCACUUCAGACAACCCCACAGGUAUCUAUUUUAGUAUUUGUCCUAUUAACUUGACUUUAAUUGGAAUCAAAAUCCUUUACUGGGGCCACUGCUGGCAAGGCCUUGUUCCACUUUAGCUUGGAGCAUCAUACCUAGGAAUUGUUUAGAUUGGCCUCUGCCAAGGGCACAAGCCCAGGAGGUUGCAAAAAUCAGACCUCUCUACUCUGGCUUGGAGAGGCUAGGAGCCCACCCAUCUGUCUGUGUAUUCCCUGGUGUGGCGUUUGCCCGUUCGUUUAGAAAAUGUUUGAACAUGGGGGAGAGAUAGGGUUAAAAAUAUAGACCAAUAGGAAAGCCGAAGGCGGAGCCUAUCUGUGUAAAAAGGGGCUUAGCCCGAGGUUUGAGUCAGUUGUUGGGAGUUGUUGGUGGGUAGUUGGUUGGUUUUAGUGGGUUGGCUGGUUAGGAAAGGCAGUUGGAGAAGCAGUUGGCAGGCAGUUGGUAACAGAGAGACAGGGCAGUGGGUUCUUGAGUGAGGGGAGGUAGAAGAGAUAGAGGAAAUAAGACUAAGAAAGUAAAGAGUAGCAACGUUUGGAACGCCGUAAAAGUUUGUUUGUGUCUGAAAUAAAACACACUCCUCUUUAUUAACUUGAGAACCGGACUGAGACUGAAGUGAUUUUACCGGGGAGGACCUGGUUGGUGGCAGCAGUCAAUAGUCCGUGAGACGACCGGGGGCUCUAUACGAACGCCACACCUGGGUCGCUCCUCUGCUGCUCUGUGUUGCUGGGUGAGGCGCACAGGCUUCUCUGACUGCCUCGGCGGAGGAAUCCAAUUGCUGGCAUGGGGGCCGCCUCCCCAGUUAGCCACCACUGCCGUUAGCAGUGUGAGUCAAGUCUCCAGUGGGGCUUGGAAAGAAAGACAGAGAGAACAGGCCAGAGUUUCAGGAGGAGGAAAAAAGAAGGAUGAAGGUAGAAGGCAAAGGAGCAAGAGGAGGCAGGGAGGCAGACAGAUGGGUGACAUGGAGGAGAACCCAAUAGCCGUGGAGGAAAUCACUGGCAGAGUGCAAAAGGAGACAAAAGCAAAUGUUUUGAGUUUCUGGUCCAUGGUCUCUCGCAGCUUCAGAGACACCAAUACAGCUUCUUGCCAAGGGUGCAAUGGAGUCUAGAUACACCUCUGAUCUUAGUGCAAAGACUUACACUUGCACAGUGGAAGUUCCCAUCACCUUUCUCUCUCCUUGUGUGUCCCCAAAAUCUCUUCUGGGUUUCCCCCCAAUCCUCCAGAGCAGAUCUGAGAUUUCUUCCAAACAUUGAAGUCCAUGUGCUAACAGAAUGACUUGUUUCGUUGUAACCCUUUGUUACCAAAUUACUGUACACCACUGAGUCGUUGGUAUAUAUCAGGCAUGUCCAACCAGUAGAUCAUGCUUUUCCGAUAGAUCCCCGGCUGAUCCUGGUAGAUCACCGGACCCUUAUUGAUCAUGGGAUUAAAUAAAAGUUUACCGAAAGUUAACAAAUAAAAGCUGAAGAACUCUGGGCAAUCCUACCCCCCAAAAUCCUCAACAAAUCUGGGCUCAACAACUCUGGGCAAUCCACCCACUCCACGCACACUCCUCCUACCUCCAAUGACAAUGGGUAGAUCACUGCCAGUUUCUUUAUACUGGGAGUAGAUCACAGUCUCUUGGGAGUUGGACGUGCCUGGUAUAUAUAAAAGCUAUAAAUAAAAAGAAUGCAAAAUGCCUCUUUCGCACAAUCAACUGGUCUUGCACACUUGAAGCUAUUCGGUGGUCACGUUUUAAUAUAUUUAACAAUAGUUCAGACCCUUCUUUUGGCUAGUGGAGUUUUUAAUUCGAGCAAAUGAACCCACAACACUGACUACAGCAUCCCCUGGAAGGGAGAGCUUGCGUCAGCACAUUUGUGGUAAUAAGACUAAAUAUGUCUGGAAUGGUAUUAGUACAGUUAAAGUGGACUACCCAGAAUCAUCUGUGCCUACAGGCUAAAGAGGCUUAUUUAAAUGAAGAAGGAAAGAGGAUUUCUCACAGUGCAGUGAACAAAAAUGAGCUCCGCAGAGGACCUCGAAUAUCCUCGUCUCUUAAUUCAGUACCAGAAUGGAUUUUUAAUAUCAAAGGUAAGGCUCACAAAUGAUAUGCCUCAAGAAAAUUUAAACUAGGAAGUGAUGCUUUUUUCUUCUUAUUGUGGAUGUGUACAGAACCUAGAGCAUCUAUAGAGGUGAAUCUUUUAAUUUAUCUGUUUUAAUUUUGGGUUCAACAGCUUGCAACAACAGGUGUUAACUAAAUGUGCUGGGAGGAAUGCCAUGAAUGAAAUUUAAACCAGUAUCAAAGUAAAUAAUCUUAAACCCCACCAUUUGAAUCAUCUCCAAUUGAACCAGGGCUCCUUAUAAACUAAAAUUUCCAAACCUGCAAUCAUUUCUUGGUAAUCUAAAGUCCAUAUAUGUUUAGGUUAAAAGCAAAGCAGGUUUUGACUUUUCUCUGAAUAUCAAAUUUGGAAAAAUCCAGCACCAAGCAAAGAUGUCACUUAAAAGUAAAUCUCACAUAGAGUUUUCCCACCUUUUCAGUGCCCGCUUGUAGAAAGAGCUCAAUUGCUUUAGUGCUUACAGCUUGUGUCCUCCAGGAAGAAGCUAGCCUUGUUUCUUAACAACAGUAUUUUGCUGUGGAAAGAGAGCAAGAGGUGUCAACACAGUUCCAUUUUGAUAGACAUCUGAGAUUCUUCACAGGUGUGAAAUAGGAAAACUCCUAAUAUGAACCUUUUUUUUUUUUAAAAAAAGAGAGAAAAUAGAUUUUCUUCUGUAGGCGAUAUGCAAUUCCAAUCAAUAGAAAAAUGCAAAGGUUUUGUAAACCCACAAGGAAGCUGGGAACAAGUAAACUUUUCAAAAAUGCUAGAAAAUCAUCAAUAAAUAACUUUAGCCCCAAGGGGGAAAUUAUGCCUUCAAAAUUUGUGGUAAAGCAAGAUAUUGAAGCAAGAUCACAUUGCUCUUUUUAAAAGGAGUCUGUUGCCAGGAUAAAAACAAUGAGGACAUCGACUUGCAGCUGUGGCUUAAACAUACUGUUUUUAUUGUGUAUGGCAACAUUAAAAGUCCCACAACAAAAAUAUGCAUUCAGACUAUGUGUUGUUGUUUAGUCGUUUAGUCGUGUCCGACUCUUCGUGACCCAUGGACCAGAGCACGUCAGGCACUCCUAUCUUCCACUGCCUCCUGCAGUUUGGUCAGACUCAUGUUUGUAGCUUCGAGAACACUGUCCAACCAUCUCGUCCUCUGUUGUCCCCUUCUCCUUGUGCCCUCCAUCUUUCCCAACAUCAGGGUCUUUUCCAGGGAGUCUUCUCUUCUCAUGAGGUGGCCAAAGUAUUGGAGCUUCAGUAUGCUUAGUUUAAUAAAGACUUAGAUGAAUCUCAACAAUGCAUUGCAGAGGUCAGUUUAAAAUUAUUUCUGCCAUUCGACUGUAGGCUGCCAUCCCAACCAACCCUGCUUACUUGGGAGCAAGCCUCAUUGAAUUCCAUAAGACUUACUUCUGAAAAGUCACUGCACUGUUAGCCGCUGCUGUGUUUUCUCUCUUUGCUUCUUUCAUCCCUGCCCGUUCCUUUGGUUUUAGGUGAUGUUUGCUGCCUGUGAGCUGGGAGUAUUUGAUCUGCUGAGAGAGUCAGAAGAUCUCUUGACCUCGAAGGCCAUUGCAGAACAGCUGGGCAGCAGCUUCCAGGGAAUGGAGAGGUUGCUAGAUGCCUGUGUGGGUUUAAAGCUGCUGAGAGCAGAAGUGAGAAAGGAAGGAGGUAACCGUGUCAGAGGAAUCUAACAUGAGCAGCCACCCCUGUUUUGGCCUCUGCACAUUAUGUGCCUAGAAACGGACCAUAACAUUUUUUAAGAAUAUAGGAAGGAACCAGCCGCCAACACCACCUGCCCACAACCUGGGUAUUCCAAAUGUUUAGGACCUUAACACCCAUCAGCCUGAGUCAGAAUGGCCAAUGGUCAAGGUUGUCCAAGCCAUCUACUGAGCCCCAGUAUCCUGACUGGUGUUGGCUUUUGAGGGUUUCAGGCACAGUCUUCCCCUGUCUGGAGAGGCCAGGGAUUGAGCCUGGAGCCUUCUGCUUGCCAGUGGGCAACAAACAGAUGGGCAGGGUAUAAAUAAUAAAGUAUUAUUAUUAUUAUUAUUAUUAUGACGUUGAAGGUAAUCUGAAAUAGAGAAUGCUGGUUCUGGUUCACCUGCUCAGCUGUCUUUCAGCUUUGGUAAAUAGGUUUUUCCUAUUUCUAUAUUGUUUUGAUAAUCUGCAAGCUGUGUUUGCUACAUGCGAGAGUAUAUAUAUAUAUAUAUAUAUAUAUAUAUAUAUAUGCAUGAAUGCACCAUGGAAGGUGAUUCUCAAACCACUUCCAGCUCUUUUUAAAAUGAUUGUCUGUUUCCCACCUGCAAAACAGAAAGACUUUUGUGAAACAUUCAAGGGUGAAUGUGUGUGUUGCGCAUACACAAGAGGGCAUCUAAUCUCUCUCUGCUUCCAGGCAGUUUCACCUUGAGCUGCACAAGGAUGCUGUUAAAUCCCCAAAUUUGACGUAUAUUUUGGCAAAUGGCAAGCAGAGUCAGUGUAGAUUUCUAAGAAGAUUGCAUCAAAAACUGCUUUAAGUUGGACAAAUAAAUUGUGCAGAUGCAUUAUUCUUGUUCUUAAGAUGCCACAGAUAUCAUCACCACUGUGCUAAAUACUGACUUUGCCUUCUUUCCUCUUCAGCAUUUUAUGGAAACACGGAAAUAUCAAAUCUCUACCUCACAAAAUCAAGUCCGAAGUCUCAGUAUCAUAACUUGAUGUACUAUUCCAAAACCAUCUAUUUGUGCUGGCACUACUUGACAGAUGCUGUGAGGUAAGGUGAACGAUGAGGACGUUUAUGUUGAUAGUUGAAAAAUGAAACCUUUGUAAAAACUUGCAGUGAACCACUGCAUUAUUCCCUUUGCAUUGAUCUUUUUCAGGAAAACUACUGUUUACUUUUGAAUGCUGAAGUGAUAAUAGUUCAAACAGGACUGGUAUAGAGUUACUAUUGUUACACUAUUACUUUAUUUUUUAUACCACACGCCAAGUCGUAGCAUUGUGAUAUUGUUAACACUUAAGAAGAUUCAUUUUUUGCAGGUGUGUAGAAACCAGCUAGGGAAUGCUUUGUCAUAACAGCACUAUUUACUGAGAGAAUUCUCAGGAGGAUACUUAGCAAUGAGGAACUGGCACGAAGGUGUUGAGAUACCAGUUGAUUCUAUUGUCUGUGCCAGAAGAAAACAAAGGAAAUUGGGGUUUUUCAGCGAAUGAGGACCACUAUACAGUUCUACUUUGAAGUAACUGUUGUUAGUAAUACUAAGUUCUUUACCACAGAUGGUUGAGAGCUGUGUAAGAGGAUUUUCCAAGUUCAGCUGCAUCUGGAAAUUAAUGCAAAUUUACGAUGGCCCAUUUGCCCAGUUUCCAAGUACAGUGGUACCUCGGGUUAAGAAGUUAAUUCGUUCCGGAGGUCCGUUCUUAACCUGAAACUAUUCUUAAGCUGAAGCACCACUUUAGCUAAUGGGGCCACCUGCUGCUGCCGUGCUGCCAGAGCACAAUUCUGUUCUCAUCCUGAAGCAAAGUUCUUAACCCAAGGUAAUGUUUCUGGGUUUCUGGGUUAGCGGAGUCUGUAACCUGUAACCCAAAGUAUCACUGUAGAAGCUUCCCAACAAAUUUCCAUUAUCUUCAAGUUCUGGUCAUUUGCCAUAAUCCAGAGAAAGCAAUAAAUAUUAAAAAAUGGGAAGGCACUUUAGCUCAAGACAUUUUGGAGACCCUCUUAACACCUGUCAGUUGUUUCAGAAGGAGUAGAAGGCGGAACUAAAUCCAUAUUUCCCUUCAAUUCAAAACAACUAUCAAGCGUAGCUCUGGCAGAGAAGCAUCCUGUAUCACCCAUGUGCACCAGUGAUGGAACAAUUCCCUUUGGCUCAAUUAAGAAUGCACUUGGCAAUUACAAGCUUCCUCGGCAUGUGUUUGGAAAAACACACACAUCUGUUUUCUAAGAGAUCUCUCUUGGCACAUGUUCACUGGUGGUGCUCUGCAGAUAGGCACCUUAUCUUAUGUCUGCUUGAGAAGAAAGCUGCCUUGAAAUUUACCUCCACCUUUCCCAGCCAAAACAACAGCAACAACCGUGUAAAUACAUUCAGUGGGGAAAGAAAGGGUUUUUAGAGCUGGGUGAGAAACAUCAGUUACAUGAAACCUUCGCAAGGAACAAAUCAAAGUAAUUGACCCAAAGCAGAUUAUACGUGCCAAGCAAAAGGCUGCAUGGUUAGAUUGUCUAGCUCACACAGUUCAGAGACAGCUGUGAGAGUUUCAUUGGGCACAGUGUGGUGUAGUGGUUAAGAGCGGUAGACUCGUAAUCUGGGGAACCGGGUUCGUGUCUCCGCUCCUCCACCUGCAGCUGCUGGGUGACCUUGGGCUAGUCACACUUCUCUGAAGUCUCUCAGCCUCACUCACUUCACAGAGUGUUUGUUGUGGGGGAGGAAGGGAAAGGAGAAUGUUAGCUGCUUUGAGACUCCUUUGGGUAGUGAUAAAGUGGGCUAUCAAAUCCAAACUCCUCCUCCUCUUCUUCUUCUUCAUGCAUGGGCCUACAAAGCUUAUCUGGCUUUGGUUGUCAAGGCCACUGAAUAGUUGGGGUGUGUGCAGAAUCUUGUUUUACAUUCCAAAUCAGAGAAGACCUAGGGGGUGAGAAGCUUGAUUUGCAAUAUUGUUAAGAAUGAUAAGCUGGGCAAAUUUGUAUUCCAGAAGAGGUCUUUGCUGGCAUCGCUAAAUUGCAUUUAUGGUUCUUGAUACAGCUAGGGAUGUAGGCAUAUAUAAGCAUACUUCUGUCUCUUAGGUUCCCAGGAAGGAUGGGAGGUUACGGAAUGUUUUGAUGAUUAUUAUUUUUUUAAGCUAGCUUACUUCAGGAUCACUGCUCCUGUGAAAAAGUGAACUCUAUAAGCAACAUCAUGUAAACAUUCUUAGGCAUUUGUUCAGGAUUCUUCUUGAGUAUGGCAGUAUUAUGUAAUAUAAAUGACAUUUUAAAGUUAGCUGUUGAAUUUAUCAAGAUUUUUUUCCCCUUAAUUUAAGGGAGGGGAAAAACCAAUACGAGAGAGCGUUUGGCAUUUCAUCAAAAGAUGUCUUCGAAGCACUUUACAGGCAAGGCUUCCACUAUAAUAGUUUAAUCUAAAACACAAUAGAUUGCCCCUGAUCAAAUGUCUCUGUGUGCACGCUGUUUUUUAUAGCAAUGAUGGUUAUUGUGAAGGUCAUUAAACUGGGGGGGGGGGGAGCACACAGCAGUAAUCUGUUUUGGAGGUUAAUAGUAUAUGGUUAACUGAGGCCAGCGUGUCAUGGUCCAAUUCUUGGUUUCUUAAGAGGUUUUAUGAGCACAAUAAUACACAAGCUCUUCUGCAAGAAUGCCUUGCUUGUGCAAUAGAAACAGCAGAUCCAUGUGUCUGUUUGCAGAGCUGCUCCUUCCACAGAAACGAAUGGGGCCGUCUGCACAAAGAUCUCAUGGGUGUAUUAAAGAAUAUGCAAUUCUUUUAAUUAGGAUGGCAGAAAAGCUGUUCAUGUCUUUUACAUAGCAGUAAAUCAUUGUGGACAUUUGCAACAAGCUUAUUGCUGGUGCAAUUUCAAAUCUCUAGAUCAGAGGAAGAAAUGAUAAAAUUCAUGUAUGGAUUGAAUGCAAUUUGGAGCAUAUGUGGCAGAGAUGUGAUAGCUGCAUUUGAUCUUUCUCUGUUCCCUGUCAUAUACGAUCUUGGAGGUAAGUGCCAUUUAAUAAAUUUCAGUAGUUUUUCUUUGACACACACACACACACACACACACACACACACAGAGAGAGAGAGAGAGAGAAAUGUUAAAAUGUUGCAUGGAAAAACUUGCACUUUAAGACAACUGCCCGGUUUAAUGAAGGCAUUAAAAAUACACUGGGCCUAUUUUAUGGACUGGCAUGAAUUUUAAAAAUUGCAAGCAGUUACUCAUAUGGCACCUUGAGGCAAUCCAGUACUCAGCAGUACCAGUGUGCUUACUGGGCAGCUGUCCAAACCUGACUUUACUAUAGUAGUUGGCAUGUUCUAGUACAUAACCAUGUUGGCCUCAGUGAUACCUAUAGGAUUUGGAAAUUCAGUUUGCAGCACACAGUGGGGCUAGUGAGGGCCUUCUCUGUAGAGGAACCAAAUAUUUCCUUGUGUGUCUUGGCUCCUGUUAGUAGUGGCAGAGCUGAUUUCAAGUCCCAGCACCACUUGUGCCAUCAAAGAGGUUUGUGAAAUGUGACCUUAUUUCAUGCUGGGUGCAUAACAGGGAACCUUAGCUUGGGGUGUGGUCCUGUCCAGGCCAAGACUGUCGAAACUCUUAUGCCACUUCAGAUGAAGCAGGCAUCAUUCCCUGCCAAAAAUGGUAAGAAACCCAGAGGCAGGCCCAUCCAUACUCAAAAAAGGAUGUGAGGGAAAAAAAUAGUGCUGUGCCAAUAUGGGUUGGUUGGUUGUUUACUUAGUUAGUUAAUUAUUUUUCUCUGCCUCCUCCUCCUCUAAACUUAUUACUGUUUGUUUGUUUUUUACCUUUUUCUUCAAAAAGGAGGCGCUGGUGCUUUAGCCCAGGAGUGUGUUUCACUAUAUCCAAAUUGUUCAGUCACCAUUUUCGACCUGCCUAAAGUAGUACAAACAGCAAAGAAGCAUUUUGUGUCCUCUGAGGAACGGCGGAUCACUUUUCAUGAAGGUAAAGAUGGUGGUUUCUGAGAAAACUAGGAUGAGGAGGAGAGCAUUGCUCUUUACUGUAAAUUCCUUUCCCCUCUCUGUAGAAAGUAGCCCCAUAAUUUAAUACUGUGCCUUUUUCCCUAAGGCUAUUUCCUCCCCCUGACAUUUGAAAUAUUUUAUUUGUUGGACAUUUCGGAAGGGCCAUACAAGUGUGACCUGGAGCUAGAGCUUAUAUAUAUGUGUGUGACUGCAAAAGCUCUCACUGCCUAACAGAUAAGUCACUGGAUGGCUUUUAGAGUUGGCUCUUCCAGAAAAAUGUUUUGGCUGCUUGUAUGAAUGUUUCUUAAAAUCCCAAGACUCUGGGUGAUAUUAACCUACUUUUUAAUCAGAGAAGACCCAUUGAAAUUAAUGAAGAUGAUUGUAUACCACCCAUGCUGUUCAAGAAUGAAAUAGGUUAAAUUAUAAUAUUAGAACUUCUAUUCUCUGAAUUAAUUACAGGAUAGACCAUCUUCACAUGGAAUCCAAUACAGAAAGUGCCUGUGUUGCUUGGACUUACUGUUUCUUCUUUUACACAUGCCUGGUGUCCAACAAAUAGAAAACAUGUAGUUUAGAUGCUUUUAUUAACAUGGUGCAUAUCAGCGGUUACAAAACCCGUCCCGUCCCGUCCUCCAGAGAACUUUAAUGCUGGCUCAAGCAUGAAAAUAAACACCAGCGAAUCUUCUUCUGAUCUCAGCUACUUUGGACCCAUUCCAUGUUUUCUUGACAUGCUGGAUUCUCGGUUAAUCAGAAAUUAAUGUUUGUUUUCUGCCUGAUACAGGAGAUUUUUUUGCAGACCCAAUUCCAGAAGCUGACCUGUAUAUUUUAGCAAGGAUCCUCCAUGACUGGGCAGAUGAGAAAUGUGUGCAGCUUCUCAAAAAGGUGCAGAAGGCUUGCAAAACUGGUACGCACGAGUGUAUAAUAAUGUACAAGAGCCUGGCUAUACAUUGCAACCAUCACUUCAAAAAACCAAGUGCCUUUAUCUCUCUAGGACUGUUUAAUGUGCUCAGUGCUUUCCAUUAACUGUGACAUCAGCUUGUCACUUAGCAUUCUUGCAACCACAGAAGGAGGGGUGGUGGAAUUGGUGGCAGGCUAGGCAAGUAGAUAUCACUCAUGCAAUAAGGCUUCUCCUUCCUCUCCUCUCCCUGUAGCCCUUCAAUAUGUACCGGAGGGCUACAAGCUGUUUGAGGCUGGAGGGGAGAGAGAGAGAGAAGAGAAACGGGAAGUAUCGCUGUGCAGGUGGGUGGAAGUUAUUGGUUCUCAACAUACUUCAAAGAAACUUUUUAUCAAGGGGUGAGCUGCAGCAGCAAAUGUUCCCCAAACAGAUUUUAUUAAGAAGCUCUAAAGAUAUCCCUCGAUAAGAAGCUUCUUGAAAACACAUUGGGAACGAUAUCUAUUUGUGCAGCUGUCUCUUUCAUUCUUGAGUUUUUCUACAACUGUUACUGAUCCUUUCUAUUUGUGCUAUUUUUUUAAAAAAGAAAGCCGAGAUUCAAAACAUCAAGCAGCUAGUCCCAUGUGCACAGAUAAGCUUUUUUCCACUCUCAAAGCAGGCAUUUCUCUUGCCUCCUGACUAUUUUUGAAGCUCAGAAGGGUUUCAAAAAUAGUUGUGAUAGCCUAUGGGAACCUGCUUUUAAAAGGGGGAGGAACUAUUCAAAAAUCCCACCAAGCAUGCACAAACUCCUAAGUUUGUCUCUGUAGCUUUUCCUUGACAUUAGAAAUAAAGUAGCUGAAAUGUUAGUGGCAGCUGUAGUUGUAUUCCCCUUUCAGAAGUUACGGAAGGACUAAAUGGACAUGGGGCAGUGGCGUCGUGAGAGCAGGCUGAAUAUCCUGGCAUCUCUUUCUACACAUUGAUUGAUGAUUGAUUGAUUAUAUUUCUGUGUUGCUUUUCAUUCAAAUGAAUUACAAAGCAGCUUGCAAACAAUAAAUAACAAUAACAGAACGUCACAAAUGCCACGCAAAUCAUAAAGAAUAAUUAACAUAUCAUCAGUAAAACAAUUAUAUAAAGCACUAUUAGCAAAACAACUAAAAAAAGCUAAACAGCACAAUUACAAAUCAUAUUAUAGAAUUCACAAUGGUCACAUGUAUGACAAGAUGAGUCUGCCAUUGUCACUCCCUCUAUCAGUCUUGAAAGGUCUAUGGUUAUUUUAUCAUGGCAGCAACAAUACAUCAUUUUACUUUAAUGGAAGAUGUUCCAUUAAAUAGUAGGGAUAGUAGAUAGCAGGGAUAGCCAACCUGGCACCCUCAAGAGGCUUUGGACUCUAACUCGCAUCAGUGUCAAUGUCAGGGAUAAUAGGAGUUGCAGUCCAGCAGUAUCUGGAGGGUACCACAUUAGCUAGCUCUGGUUUAUAGGAAGAGUAUAGAGAUCCAUACUUUGCUUACAGGUCUAAAUCCUUGUUGUUCUGUUUCACGUAGCUCUAUCUUCAUUUCUGGGUGCUCUUUUUUUCUUGAAAUCUUAGGCUGAGGUUAUAGACCCCUUAUAGGAUUAAGAUGAGGCUGGACAAUGUGUCAAAAUGAAUCUUGUUUUCCCCAACCAGGUGGCGGCGUUUUACUAGUCGAAACACUUCUGAAUGAAGACAGAAGCGGACCUUUGGAAAGCCAGCUCUAUUCCAUUAAUAUGUUGGUUCAGACUGAAGGGAAAGAGCGGACCCCUGCAGAGUAUAGCAGCCUCCUCACAGCAGCUGGCUUCAGGGAGAUUGAAAUCAAGAAAACUGGAAAGCUGUAUGAUGCCAUUUUAGGAAGAAAAUAAUAUAGUCUCUGCAGCUUUAUUAUCAGACGUGGCAAAUAAAGCAAGAACAAUAAUGAUAGGGUUUGGUUUAAGUUAAAAAUAUCUAUCCAACUCACAGUCGCAAUUAUAAUAUCAAUAGCAAUCUAAUAACUGUCAAAUGUUACAGUACUAAUUUAUUUAAUUGCAGCCUAGGGAAAGAGAGUGCCUGCUUGGCCUUUUCAGUCUAGAAUCCCUUUCAGCUUAAGCAUGCCUUACAGUCCACAUAGUGAGUAUUUGUAGGUAUAUUCUACUAGCCAUUGGUUUGGGCCACUGUGAUGUCAUGUGUUAAAAAAAAAUCAGUCAUGGAAUGCUAAUCUAGUGAGGGAAAUGAAAACAUCACACAGGUGCAGGGAGAUGUCUUAAGAUAGAUGUACAGCAGAUGCAGGGUCAUUGAGAUGGUAGGUCAUAAGAGAGGGCUAGGAUAGAGUAAGUGACCAGAGGACACUUCGCUCACAUGUUGUAAAGCAAAUUCCAAGUCUGCUAUGGGGUCUGGUAAAUGGUGGGGUAUGUUUUCUUGUGCAUUUCUGUGUGUGCAGUUGUCAAACGGACAUUUGUAUUGCUGGCUUCAUGAUAGAAAUCCAGUCCCUAUGUCUCUUCCACUCUGGCUCCAAGGCCUCUUCCUGCAAAGAAUGAGAUUUAAUUGUUUUAUUUAUUUUAUUUUACGUAUUUAUAUCCUGCCUUCCUCCCAAAUUUGGAUUCAAGGCAGCUAACGGAAGUUUAAAACAUUAUUACAAAAUACACAGUAAUGAAAACAAAAGUAGUUAAUAGUUUAAAAUGUGUUAAUUCAUUUCUGGAGCAUGAUUUACCCCUUAAGGAACACCAGAUUACUCUGAUAUUGGAGGUAUAUUCCAAAAAGAAAUGAAACAAAAGAAAACCUUUUGACAGAUGGCGAUAUCUUAUUUUUUGUUCAGACUAGCCCUGCUCUAUAAUAAAAUUCUCUGAAAUGAAUUAUUUUGCAAAUGGC